GAGACUGUCUGAAAAAGAGUUCAGUUCAUUUGCCCAUCUGUCGACUGGGCUCUUUUGUUUUGGUAUAUGUUCAAGUUUUUGCCUUCUGUAUAUAUUGUGAUUUUAAUCCUCUGUUAGAAGAAACCAGUUUCAAACCUCCCUUUCCGCGUCCGCGGGAGUCCAGACGAAAGCCACGCUGAGCCUGCGAUGCAGGAGGCGGCCGGCUGCCCUGCACUGUGACCCACUGCGCCGUGCCCGUUUUCGGAGCGCCCGCGCCCGCGGGCGCUGGGUCGGCCGGGUGCGAUGGAGAGCACGGCGCCUCCGGAGAGGCGGACCAGGGUCGGAGGGGAGUCACCCUGUGCUGGGGUGCGCCGUGUUCCAGCGGAGUCCGGUGAAGGCAGUGGAGGCGGAAACGUGACCCCAGGAGAUGCCAGAGGAGGCAGAGGUGCACCUCCAGACGGACUUCAGGGGGAGCGGUGGCCUGGACACGGCCUCCUGGAGAGGCCGGGAGCGGGCAGCUCGCAGAGGAGCGGCUGGGGGCUCGUGCUCACGGGUGUUGCCGGCGGUGCGCUGGUGGCCGUGUAUGCCGUGGCCACGCCGUUUCUCACCCCGGCCCUCCGAAAGGUCUGUCUGCCUUUUGUACCUGCCACUGCGAAGCAGAUUGAAAACGUGGUGAAGAUGCUGCGGCUCAGGCGAGGCUCCCUGGUGGACAUCGGCAGCGGCGACGGGCGCGUUGUGAUAGCGGCUGCAAAGGAAGGAUUCACAGCGGUGGGUUAUGAACUGAAUCCAUGGCUGGUUUGGUACUCCAGGUACCGGGCUUGGAGAGAAGGCGUGCAUGGCUCAGCCACAUUUUAUAUUUCAGAUCUGUGGAAGGUUUCCUUCUCGCAGUACUCGAACGUGGUCAUCUUCGGGGUGCCCCAGAUGAUGCCGCAGCUGGAGAGGAAACUUGAACUUGAGCUUGAGGACCACGCGCGAGUCAUCGCCUGCCGCUUCCCUUUCCCGCACUGGACCCCGGCCCACGUCACUGGAGACGGGGCAGACACCGUGUGGGCGUACGACGCGAGCACUUUUAAGGGGCGGGAGAAGCAGCCCUGAGAAGCAAGCGUCUUCAGUUGGCCAUUCAAAGGCAGCGAUGUGGACUGAAAAAUUACUGUUUCUUUCCUUCACUUUUAGAGGAAACAGAAGUUAAGAAAAACAGGCAGAUUUAAAAUCUGCUUUUAAUGGAAUGGUCUAAAAAAAGUGCGUACUGCUGUUUGCUGCACGAGGAUGUGUGAAAAUACGAGUGAGUCAUGGCCAUGUUCAUGGGGAGGGGAGACGUCAGCAGCUUUUUACACUGUGAACAGUACGGCCUAAUGCCACAGAUGAGGAGACGGCUUCUAAAGUGUGUGUAGGUUAGCAAAUGUUUGCACUUUCCUGUAACUUUACUGAUACUUAAGAUUUAUCUCUCUUCUGUACUUUAUGGAGAAAUUAAUUUUCUAGAGGAUUCAGAGAGGUGUUUAUAGACUUUAUUAGGCAUCAUUUGCUCCAAGCUCAGUAGGUUGCUGCGUGUGAUUGAGUCUAACAUGUGUAUUUGUAUGUGUGUUUAUGUGUGUGCACAUGGGUGUGGAUAAACAUACAUUUUCACAUUCUGCGGUUGUGACAUUCCUUCCGAUUGAAUGCGUUUCGUAGCUUUAA